UGGCCCGAAAUCAGUGUUUCUUUACCAUGGCCAGAAAUAUGUUGCGGCUAGAACGAAUGCAUUGUUGCACUAUUAGUAUCUUGGCCUUUGUAAUAUCACAGAUAUUGUUUGUGUGGCUAGUGAUGCGAAAUAAUCAAGUAGAUCCAUCUACAAGCAAGCUUUUGUUUCAUUACAAUUUGAUUGACAAAAUGGGAUGGCGUAAAUUUAUAGUCGGUACUCCCGAUCAUUCAAAAGAAUUUUAUCAAUACAAUGUUCAAUUAAGCGAUAAGACGAAAAUUCUACGAAAUUUGCCUGAAACAAGAGAUAAGAGCUGCGGUAGUCGGACUUAUAGUUUACCCCCCGCCUCACAGGCCAAAGUCAGCAUUGUUAUCAGCUAUCACAAUGAGGCACGUUCAAUGUUAUUGAGAACUGUGAUAUCUCUAGUUAGUCGCACGCCUGAGGACUAUUUCCAUGAGCUAAUCCUUAUCGAUGAUUUCAGUGAAGAUGUCAACUUGCUAAAAGAACUUGAACUAUUAAUGCAUGAGAUGUUUGCGGGAAGAAGGCGCAGUCCCACACUUAUAUUCCUACGCAAUUCUCAACGAAUGGGACUGAUUUGGUCACGCAAUAAGGGCGUCAGUGAGGCUAGCGGCCAUUACUUGUUCUUUCUGGACAGUCAUUGUGAGGUCAAUGAUGGCUGGCUGGAACCCCUGCUGGAUCGAUUGGCGUUGAACCCGACUCGAGCCGUUAGCCCGCUGGUGGACCCAAUUGACCCAUCGACCUUCGGCUAUCAGCAGGCGGACAAUGAGUUACUUAAGGGUGGCUUCGAUUGGAGUCUGCACUUUCACUGGGUGCCCCGUCAGCUGGCCAAGGGGGAGCUGCCUCAGCAGGCCUAUUCUAGUCCCACAUUCGCCGGUGGCAUUCUGAUGAUCUCACGUGAAUGGCUGCUCAAGUUACAGGGUUUCAAUCCACACUUGAAGAUUUGGGGUGGCGAGUCCAUUGAGCUUGCCAUUAAAUUGUGGCUUUGUGGCGGACAAAUUGAGAUCGUGCCCUGCAGUCGAAUCGGACAUAUCUAUCGCUCUCGCCAUGCCUUUCGGUUCCCGUCACUAUUCGAGGACCAAUUGGUGGCCGCCCUGAUGACACAUUUGCUCAAUUCAAAAAUCAUAGCUGAGUCUUGGCUGGAUGAGUACAAAUAUUUGUUCUAUUCGCUAAAACCAGAUGCCAUAGCAACCGUUAUGAACUACACCGACCAGGGCUACGAUGUGCUCUCCCUAAAGAAAAGACUGCAGUGCAAAACCUUCGAUUGGUAUCUGGACCAUGUAUAUAAGGAGCUUAAGCCAACAAAUGCUGACUCAAGUGCCCUGGGCACCUUGCGUAAUGGUGAUCGGUGUGUACAGGAUAUUGAUUUUUAUCCAGUACUGGUUAGCUGCUAUAUGCAAAAUAUUAGCCAUUGGGCUCUAGAUCGUCACACUGGCAAGUUGAGUUCCACUGAAGGCUAUUGCCUAGGCGGAGUGCUUGAUGAGACGGAAAGAAAGACGAUAGUACAAAUAGAUCCGUGUCUCGAUGACAAAUCUCAAUAUUGGCGGCGGCAAAGCACACAACUGGUACAUGAGCAAACACAACUUUGCUUGGAUAAUACGAUCCAGAAUCAAUUAGAGUUAAGCAUUUGCCGGCAACGGCCAAUCCCUGCCUCUCAAUCAUUUCAAUUUGCAUUGGAAAUGGAGAGACAAACAUAAUCAAGCAAAUGAUAA